CAGUGUCACCCCAGAGCCUGCAUCCAUCUGGCAGACCAGCAGCCAGGAGGGGCCUGUUCUGUGGGAAAGGGGAAGGACAGAUUGGCUGUGGUCACAGCAGCUUGUAUGAAAUCCAAGGGGCAUAGUUUCUCUGAUACCUUUGGAACUUCACAAGUUAAAUCAUUAUCUAAUACAAUCACAUUGACAUGCACAUUAUCAUGGAAAUCGCAUCAGUACGUCUUCUUAGCAUACUUGCUCUGCCAGUGAGGAGGUGCACAAAAAGCUGGAGGGGAACAUGGCCAGGACAGCUGACCCAAACUGUCCAAAGGGAUAUUCCAUACCAUAGGACAUCAUGCCCAGUAUACAAAUGGGGAAGGAGUUGGCCAUGAGGUUCCAGUGGCUGCAGGGGGACAGGCUGGAUAUCGAUCAGCGAGUGGCAUAUUUAUUGUUAAGAACAAGCUAAGAACUAUUGAAGACAUUAACAGGUACUGAAGAACAGUCUCUGUCACUGACUAGAGCAAACCUCCGGAGGGGUAAAAAGGAUUUAACCUGGUGGCAUAAGAACCCUGAAAUAAAUCUCUUAGCUACGAUUAGAGAUGAAAGACAGAUUAGCAUGGGCAGGAGAGUUGAACUCUUUCUCCGUCUCCAUUGGCGAGUCAGUGUGAAGACAGGACAACCAGAGACAUCAGGAAAUCAGUAUUUCCAUCAUCCUCAGGAUGUCUGAUUCAGGUAUUUUGUUCCUUGUAUUCAUCAAGUUACCAGUUUCAAGUUCCUAUUCAGUCCUCUGAAGCAGAUUUCUACUGCAUGCCUUGGACACAUGCCCCUAAUCAGCUUACGAGCUUCCCUUGACCUACGCUUCUUUUCCUAAUGCUGAUCUGACUAUGGCUGUCCUCAAAGUAAAAUUCACCAAAACUAAGAGGGACAAAUUGGCCCAGAUCUUAUGGAUACUCAACUGGGUUUCUGUAGUGAGCGGGAUCAUUCUCUUCAGUCUUGGCCUCUUUCUGAAAAUAGAGAUCAAGAAGCGCAAUGAAGUGAUGGCAAAAGGGGACAUUAACUCUGUCCCCAACAUGCUGAUCUCUGUGGGGGUCAUAGCAUGUAUCAUCAACUUUCUGGGUGGAAAAAUCUGCUAUGACUGCUCAGAUGCCAACAAGUUCUCUCGAUGGAAACUUGUUAUGCUGCCAUAUAUCGUAUGUACCUUUUGUUUUACCUUCUGCAUCCUGGUGGGUGCUGUCAUGUGCUACACCAUGAAGAAUGAGCUGGAAGAGUCUCUCUACCUGGGACUGAGGGAUGCUAUUAAGUUCUAUAAAGACACAGACAUUCCUGGACGAUGUUUCUUAAAGAAAACAGUGGAUUUGUUACAAAUUGGAUUCCAUUGCUGUGGAAACAAUGGCUUUAGAGACUGGUUUGAAAUUCAGUGGGUAUCUCCUCGUUAUCUGAAUAUGGCUUCUAAGGAGGUUCAAGACCGUCUAAAGAGCAAUGUUGAUGGGAAGUUCCUGGUGGAUGGAGUACCCUUCAGCUGCUGCAACCCCAGCUCCCCACGGCCCUGCAUCCAGUACCAGCUGACCAACAACAGUGCUCACUACAACUAUGAUUUUCUGACGGAGGAGCUCAAUAUUUGGGUGAAGGGGUGCCGAGAGGCCCUGCUGGAUUACUAUACCACUAUUAUGCGAUCAAUUGGCAUUGCAGCAUUGCUUAUUUGGUUGUUUGAGCUCUGUGUACUUAUUGGUGUUCGGUACCUACAAACAGCCAUGAAGAAUGUCCUUCUGCUCGGAGAUCUGGAGGGUGAAUCAGAUGGUUGGUUACUAGAAAAUAGUUUUGUGGAAACUGCCAAAUACAACAUCAGUAUCAUUAAGAACCUCGGCAAAGCCAACCAGAUCUCCACUGUAUCAGGCAUGAAUGACCCUAACAUUAAUGUUCAAAACACAGACUGUGGCAAAACCAAUGUUUCAACAAAAUCUAUCCCUGCAGCUAGGUAGGCAAACCUUUGAAGGAAUGACAUCACAAGCGUAGUGGUUUGAACUUUGCUGUAUUACAGUCCUACAGUUACCAGGUUUUUCACUGGUGGGGUAAAAAGGGAAAAAAAACGAAGACAAUUGAACAAACCACAGACGGGUGACAGCUCCAAAAAUGCUGAUACUUCUUUGGAUGGAUGCAUUUUUACUUGUGAAAUCCCUGAUUUUCAACACUGCACAAAACUUUUGGAAUUUUUCCCGCUUUCUCUCUUUACCUACAGAAUUUUAUCAUGGUCUGAACAUGCCAGAGUAAUCACUAUGCACAAGCAAAUGUUCCAGAGAGGAUGGGUCUACAUCUACUAACAUACAAAUUAGUCUUAUAUGUACCAAAGUUUGUCCUUAUUGUCAUUACACCUACAGAAAUUCCAGCAAAGGAAAUCCCCAAAGAAAUCAUUACACUUGAUAAAAAGAUUCUUUACAAAAAAGACAAAAACUGAAAUGAAAGCUCUGUUAGUCCAAGACAGGAGAGGGGAACUUUUAGCUGAAAUGUACCUAUAUUGCAGCCCUUCUAACAGAACCUACUAGCUAGGUAAAACUGAAGGCAAUGAAAGUUACCGUAAUGUAUUUCAUUUAUAUUUCCCAAAAAGUCUGAAGUAUGUCUUCAUUUUUCCCCCUCCACAGUCUACGGAAAGCCAGCUGCCACACCUCCCUGUAAGUCAAAGGGUACUGCUGAAAGGAGUUCUCUGCUUAAGAAAACUGACAAGGAUAUUUGAAAUAUCCUCCAAGGAUAUUUGAAAUUCCAAGUAGCACAUGAUAGCCCUAGUUUAAAAACAAGUAGAUACUUCCCCUAAAACAAACACUGAUGAUCCUAGAUGCUUACAAGCUCCUCAUUUCAAAAGUACUUAACACAUUGAUCCAGGGGCAGGAAGAUAAGGGACUAUGUGAAAUCAAUGAAGGCAAAGUCAGACUGACAGCUCUCCCAUCACACUCCUAGUACAGUGCUCAGGAACUUUGUUAAUGCAUGGAGUGAAAGCCUUCAAUGCCCAAGACACUUGUAGUUACAGGAUGCCCUAUGACACUAAUUCAUCAUUAGUAGUAACCAGGAAAAACAUUUCGAUACAAAAUAGAGGUUAAAAGACAAUAAAGUACUUUACUUGUUACUGCUG